AUGGAGAGGCGAAAAGAAGAAUUAGCAUUAAGUACUGAUGAAUAUGACAAAAUUAAUGACAAUGAAUCGGGAAUACAUAUUGAACGAGAACAAAACAAACGGAAAAUGAAGCUGCUAAUCGUGUGCCUCUGCGCAUUUCCUUUGGUACAGGGAGGGUAUAAACUCAGUUUAAGUGGCAAACUAGGUAGAGGUGCUUCUCAUUCUGGAAACAAGCAGGGCCAGAGUGAAGCUAUCGAUCGACCUGGUUGUCAAGGGGCGACAAGAAAAUAUGCACCUGUAGAUAUUAACGGGUUGAAAAAAUGUCAAUUCUAUGAAUGUGAUGGUGUUGAGUAUCUGAUGAGAGUGUGUCCCGAUGGUAUGGGUGUAACUCAAUCAUUCGGAAGUAAAAUUACGAGUGGACAGUACCCAUGCGUCGCAUCCAAUCCAAAAUGCAAACGAAGUCUGUUGGAGAAAGGCAUAGGUGAUAUUGAAAUUAAUGUGUGUGGAGUUGACCUGGCAUUUGUCAUCGAUGUUUCCUGUUCACUUGCAAAGGAGAACAAAGAGAAAGUGAAAGACUUUGUCCUAGCAAUUACAAGGCGUCUACCUGUCCGUCCUGCAUUCACACAAAUUGCUGGAGUUUCAUAUGCUAAGACGGUGUACCCAUUGUUGCAUUUUAAUUCUGCAACAAAACAAAAGGAUGUUAUGAAUCUGCUCCGACAAAACCUGAGAACGGAAGAUUUGGCAGCAAAAGACUGUGGGACGGCUACAUAUUUGGCAUUACAAGCUGCCAGGGAAGAACUAUUCAAUAAGGCGAACGGGGACCGACCAGAGAGAAAGAAUGUAGUCAUUUUGAUGACAGAUGGGCGGUCAUAUCCUGCGGAAGACGCCCCCAAAGCAAUUGCAGCCGCUAAAGCUUUGAAGGAUGAUGGCGCGAUCAUAAACGUUGUUACUUUACCAAACUUGAGUGAGAGUACGGGCACACCCGAGGAGGUGGCUGAAAAGAAGAAGUUGGCAGAAAUGGAAUUUUCUGCAUUUCCAUCUUCUCCUAAAAACCGAUGGGAUUUGAAGUCUUUCGAAGAUUUGGAUACGAUUGUGAAUGAACUGACUAGCAUGAGCUGUUACAAAAUGUAGAUGAUAAUAUACUUGACUAUUUUAUGGAAGAAAAUAGAAUCUAACAUAUAUGAAUAAACACAUAAGAAUAAUUUGUGCAUCAAACACCAA